CUCCUCUCCCAGAGGUCUCCGUGUCGCCGUGUGUGGAGAGCGCAGUCGUCCCUUCGACGAACGGAAACGCCCGGGGAGUCGUCUUGGCACGGGAAUUUUACACGGCGUGCCCCAACAGCAGCAGCCGCCGAAGCGCUUCUCUCUUUUGGCUUUUGUGCGUGCGCCUUAUGGUGAGCCGCCACUGCCUGUGAUCCAAACAAUCGCCCGCUGGAUGCGAUCAUGAAGUGUGCUGCCCCAGUGCUCAUCUCUGCUCUUUGCGUCUUCGGAGUCACCGCCGCGCUCAAAGCCCCUCGCCUGGAGCACGUGAACGCGGAUGUGGGCUACCAUGCCAUCGUCAAGGAGAACAGCCGGAACGUCGAGAUCAUGCCCAGGAUCCGGGUGCUUGACGCCAAGGUGUGCCGCUUCUUGGUGACCAACAAGCGGCACGGCGAGGCGCCCUUCGAGGUUCGCAUCACCGACGAGGCGACGGGCAAGGCCGAGCUGUUCGCCAAGAAGGAGCUCAACUGCGAGAAGCACCGAAACUACAAGUUCGACAUCGCCGCCGUCGGGUGCAACGGGCUCGUCUCCGAAAACGUGACUGUGCACCUGACAGUGGACGAUGUCAACGAGUUUGCUCCUCGGUGGGAGGAGGAGUCCUACCAGGGCAGUGUGGACGAGGGCCGGCCACCACACGAGCGCGUGCUUCGUGUGCGUGCCCUCGAUGCAGACUGCACGCCCAAGAACAGUGAAAUCUGCAAGUACGACAUCCUGGAUGCCCACGUGCCCUUUUCCAUCGACUCUGAAGGCACCAUCUGGACCACAGAGCCUUUGGACUGGGAGGCAAGCAGCAACCACAUCUUCCAGGUGGUUGCAUUUGACUGCAGCAUGAAACAGAGCCACCCAGUCACUGUCACCAUCAAGGUCAACAGGGUCUGCAAGGUUGGAUGGAAAGGCAUGGAGGAACAUGUGGAGUACACGCCAGGAUCUGGCCGGAGGGCCUUGUUCCCAGAUGCGCAGCUGGAGCUGUGUGAAGGCGCUUGCGAACCUGAACAGCUGUCAGCUCGUCUGACCUUGGCUACACGCCAUGUGGGCAAGGGUUGUGACCGGGACACCUACUCGGUUGACUCUCAGAGAAAACUUUGUGGUGCCAGCUCGGACAGCGUGGACCUGCUGCCAAGCCCCGGUGUCGGAGCCGAGUGGACGCAGGGGCUGCCAACAGACGAGGGCCGUGAGAGUGACCAGAUCUACGAGUUUGACGGGGCCACCAAUGCCGUCGUCAUUCCCGAGUCCACUGUGUCGCACAACCUGACCAAUGUCUUCACGGUGGGCUUCUGGAUGCGCCACCGUGCGCCCACCUCCCACAACGCCAGCCACCUCAAGGAGCACGUAUUGUGCAACUCGGACGACCACCGAAUGAGCAGGCAUCACACGGCGCUGUUUCUGCGCAACUGUCGGCUGAUCCUGCUGCUGCGCCGAGAACCCACCCAGGAGCAGGCCAACAAGUUCACACCAGCCGAGUGGCGCUGGAAGACACCCGAGGUCUGCGACGACCGGUGGCACCACUACGCCGUUUCUGUCAACUUCCCAGAGGCCUCCCUGUACGUUGAUGGGCGGCCCUUCAAGGUGACAGCCAACAACCCUGAGAUUGUCGACGACUGGCCGCUGCACCAGACCAAGAACAUCAAUACCACCUUUGUCGUGGGAGCCUGCUGGCAAGGCAAGGACAACAAGAUGGCAUUCCACUUCCGUGGCUACUUGACCGGUCUGUCGGUGCUGAGGGGACGUACCGAGUCCCCUGAUGUGCUGUCCUGCCUGCACCGAUGCAAGGAGUGGCUCGACAUCCCCCCUGCAGACUCGCAGGCUACAGGAACGGAGGUGACGUCCAACUCUGAGCGCAGCGAAGUCACAGUAACAGCCCGUGACCAAGACACAAUCGAGGAUCUGGUGUCUCGUGUGGCCUAUGUCAACUCACGUGACUUCCCAACACCAGGUCGUCGCACUGUUCACGUAGCCACAACUGUCAUGUGCAGCAAUGGUAAGGCACAGAAGGUUCCCCCUGUAGAGUCAUGGGUCACCAUUCUGGCCGCCGAGCAGCCAAGCAUCACCAUCAAUGGCACGCCCAACCUGGCACGCGAGUACGAACCUUUCAAGCAAGGCAUCGAGCUGUUUGCUUCUGUCUUCAUCUCAGUUGGCCGUGAACGUCCGACUACCACCCAGGCCAGCACGGCUUCCUCGUCUUCACAGGAGGAUGAGGAUGACGACGACGAAGAGGACAACCAGGUGUCACCACCCGCCGCUUCCCAGCGGCCUGGACGGCUAGAUUCCUGUAGCGUGCAGGUCUACCCUCCGCUGAACCCAGACCACGAGCACUUCCAGCUGCCGUCAUACAUGAUGGCACACCUUGGCAUCCACCACCGAGAGAGCAAAGAUGGACUGGUCAUUUACGGAGCUGACAAGGUGCAGCACUAUGAAAAUGUGCUGCGGCAAAUCCUGUACUUCAACAAGAAACCUGCCUACUACCUGAAUCGUGCUUUCAAGCUGGUCUGCUCAGAGUUGAAUGGCCGCUUUGUCAGCAAUGAAUACAUCCAAACGCUGACAGUGAUUCACCCACGGCCCGAGUCACCUAGCCAGCACGAGACGGCUGCACCGGCCACUGGAGCGAUGCGCACCACUCCGGCCUCACCGUCGUCCUCGCGGCCCGUGGCUCCAGCUGCACCUGCCAUGGCCGCCCACGCGCAGGUGGCCUCACACAGCGUCGAGGCCAAGCCGGCCAAGACCCACGCAGGGAAAUAUGUGGAACUGCUCGAUGGCGGCGCGUCCGAGGCACUGGCCAAGAGCUCUGCAAGCCAUGCAGUGACCAUCAUCAUAGUGGUGUGUGUUGGCUUCCUGGUGUUCAUGAUUGUGCUCGGCGUGAUCCGCAUCCGUGCGGCGCACCAGCACCAGCAGCACCGGCAGGGCAGUUCGCGCCUUCGCUCGGGGGACGAUCAGGACCAGGAAAUGGCCUGGGAUGACUCCUCCCUCACGAUCACCGUGAACCCCAUGGACCAAAUAACCGAGGAUCGGGAAGGCCGUCGCGGCGUGGGUGCUAGCACUGGCAGCGGGAGCAACAACGGUCGCCGAGCUGCGGCCGAGGAUGACGACUCCGACAGCUCGGACGACGGCAGCAGCUACCACGAGGAAAGCGAGGAGGAAGAGGGGGCUCCACCCGAGAAGGCCAAGGCCAAAGGGGACCUCGAGUGGGACGACUCGACCUUGACCUUUUAGAGCGAGAAAGAAAGAGAUGGCGUGCCGCCUUCGGCAGCACGUGUCUUGCAUGCCCACCACAGUGGUGAAGAAGGCAACAGUUCCUUCUGUUUCUCUUUCGUUCGUUUCUUCUCGUUGUCGGCCUCCCUCGAAGCCUCGGUGAUCCGUAACGUCAUUGCACGGUUGCAAAGGCCGAGCAGUGCUUCAAACGGGGGCCCUCAGAAUGUAGGAGAGAGCAAGCGCACGUAGGCCUUUCUCCUCUGUGCGUCGUCCUGUUUGUAGCACUGUUCAGAGCCUGUGUCGUGUCCUGACUAGUGUGGGCAACUCAGCGCCCCGUUUCGGUUCACAGUCGCACUGCAACAGCAGUGCAGUCAGCAAGGAUGCAGAAGAGAAGUGUGGCCCCUUUCUGUCCGUGCUGCCAUCACAGUGCUUUUUUCAUAUUGAAGGCGUUCCGGAUCCCGAGCUAGCCCCUAAAGCUGCAUUGUUGUAGUGAUUCAGAAUGCAACCUAGUGUGCUGACCGGGAAAGGCAAGAAGUGUGUCUUUCUACUCUUCAGCCGGAAAAAAAGAAAACAAAAGAGGAUCGCACCAUUUCUCAGUGCAGCUGGCUGUCCAGCUCAGUGCUGCUUCCUUUGGAACGCUGGUAGCGAGUGCCAUGCGAGUGAUGCGUACACGCAGUGGCACUGCGAACAGCUGUGUUCUACUCUCUCUCCUGUCUUGCCUGUGUGGGGAAAACUGUGCAACAAAAGCCUUCUGUGGCUGUGAGCUCAGAAGUGUCUUGCGGAAGUACACCCUCGGGUUGAAUAGCCCACUAGGUAGGAUUCUAAUCACUGCACCACGAUUUUGUCAGCUUCUCCUCUUGACACAGAAAAGUGACAGGCAUGUACACUUUCUCGCUCUCUCUUGGCUUCUUUUUGAAAACUACACUCGAAGCUUUGGCAUCAUGUGCAAUUCAUAUAGCUUCUGCAUAUGACACCUACUGCGCUGCACGCAUUUGCAAUUCCGGUGAAACAGAAAAUUAACCGAACAGAGCUUGAAGCAGCGCACGAUGCUUUGGUUGCAGCAAAGGGGGAGCCAAUAGAUAGCUCGGACGUAGAGCCACAGAGUUCUCCAGCAUAUACCGGUUCGGCUUUACAGAACAAUCGGGAACCCCUGUGUGGGAUGCGAGUUGGUUUUGGGGAAGAAUAUCUGCUGGCGGCAGAGAGAAUGGUACGUAUUAAGAAAGAAACAAGCUCAUUAAUUGGCUUUAUCAUUUAAUUGGGCGUGCAGGAAACUGCUCUUCUCAUUCUGGCAGAUAUUCUGUCAGCUCGCUGUGCACCGUUCUGUUUUGUCUCAUUGACUUCUUUAAUUGCGCAUCCAUGCGUUUUCUCUUUGUCUGCAUAACAGCAUGUCUGUACUUGGUUGUUCAGCUACUGCUGCCUGUGCCUCCUGUACCUCUCAAUGAAAACUUUUCAUGGCCCUUUUAUGCAGCAAAGCCACGUUUAGUGUCUGAAGAUGGAGAACUCUGUGCCUGCUCGCACGUGUACAGACCCUUAAUGCGUAAUAUACAUGCAUUCUCACACUGGGCCACUUGGUGUUUUGGUUCCCCUCUUAUUUUUCUUACAUUGUUUUACCGACAUUGCUACCUUUCCCUUUCCUCGCGAGAAAUCUUUCUCUGGGGCUGCUCCAUUUCUGAAAGCAUGUCUGCGUGAAAAAUGUUUUGUAGGAAUUGUCAAAAAGGACAAACCAAGACUUUUGUUUGCCCAUUAGCUGUCAGUGACAUUGGUGGUUGAUACGGGAUAACUGGGUCAACCUGCCGAUCGCCAAAGCCUUAGAAGAUGCCGGCUCGCUUCAAUUUGUAGGUACACAAUAGCACAGGCCUUGCACUCAGGCAAGCCUGGAACUUUUGAAAAACUAAGAACAGGUUACUCAAUUUGCUGCCACCAAGUCAUCUUAAGCAUCUUGGAUCUGUAGUGUCAGAUGUUUCAGCUGAAAGGGUGUGCAGUCUGCAUAGCUUUUAAUCUUUAAGCUUGCAAUCUGGCCAUUAUGCAGUUGGGACUUUUUUUUUUUUAUUCGUUCCUCAUUUAAUCAGCCUGCUUGAAGGAAAAAACAAAAAAAAACAUCUUUUGUAUACUGGCACAUACAAAUGUGGUGCAGUCUGCAUCAGAAAGAGAAGUUGUCCUGACUGACACAAACAUUUCAAAGCAUUACUCCGCAGCCUUGCUGACUGCCAGCAUAUUUUUCACUGGGCGCACAUCAACUUUCAACAUGUCGGUGUUUCUUUCUUUUGUUUCUCCCUUCAACUCGUUUUUGCCUUCGUCUCCCGGUAUUUGUUCCUUGUGAAGUCAGGACUGAUCACAAGUGUACGGUGGUCCUUCCUGCCUCCCUUUUUUAUACCUUUUGCUUCCCAGAUUUAUAUUUAUUCGCGCGCUACUAGCAGCGAGCCAAAGAGCUUGCUUUCUGGCCGAGUGAACCUUUCCUUUCCUUCCCCCCCCCCCCUUUUUUAUUCUCAAUCUUUAGAAAUGGCAGUUUCUUUCAGGUGCAGGGUUAAUUUGUCACGACAUUUGAAGGACUGCAAACCAACACGCAGAACCUAACAAGUCAUGCACAUUGUUUGACACCAGGCGCUAUUUGUAGUUGCACACAGGCACCCGAUAAAGCUCCGCAGUUUUCUUUUUUUUUUUUCUUUGGAAAUGUUGGAAACGUUCCAAGCGUGAGAUAGGAGCUACAGACAGCCAAGUUUGAUGCUGUCAGUGCUAUGCGCUAUUACAGCUUGGCUUCGACUUCUAUGGUUUCGUUUUCUAUUAGAUUCUUUGUCAAGUCUAAUGAUUCAUAAAGAGACAAGAAGGUGUGAGAGUCGAGAGAUAAAACUGUAAACAGAGCAUUUGUACUUCAAGUUUCUACCAUUGUAAUGUGUCUUCUCUCUGCAAAUGUGCAUGCACUUACACAUAUAUUCAAGCUAAAUUUUUCUACCGUGAAUACUGGUGAAAUGCAUGGCAAAUUAACAACAGCAGUAUUGUGUUACUGGUAUAGCGACGUCAUCAGCUUCUUUGAUACCAUUGAAGGAAGCCUCGAUUGUUUGUUGCAUUUUACUCAUGCCUGCUACAACCUUUUCUUUCUUCUCCUUCCCUUUUCUUCACCCCCCCCUUUUCUUUAUUCCAUGCUGGUCUGUCAGGGAUAGACCAUGGAACUUUGGUUGUGGUUAGUUAUGCCGAAAUGGAAAGAAGGGUCAAGAACGUUGUUUCAGUGAAUAGCCUUACUACUCAGUAGUGGGUGAGUGCGUCACUCGGACCUAGCUGGAAGAGAUAGCUGAGCAGCACAAAAUGGGAAUACGCUCGGAGCUUUUCAGUGUGGGUGAGCGUAUCGAAUCAUGUGCUUUCGCAACUGAUCCCUUCUGAAAAGCAUAUAGUUGCAUUUGUUCAAACAGUCUUGCUGCAUGGCUGACGUGUGAGCUCUUGUUUUUAUUAUUUUUGUAAUGAUGUUUUAGAAGAGUUUCUUGGAUUAGCUGGAUUACUCUACAGCCUGCCUCUCUCUCUCUCUCUCUGUUUCUUUCUUUCCUUGCACAAGGCCGUCUGGGCACAGCACUUUCGCGAACCUAUUAACUGCCCGCCGACUCUUUUCUUUUCACUGUGUCGCGCUCAUCCCGCCUGCUUGGUUCUGUACAGGUUGAGAAGAGGAAAGGACUUGGUAGAGACGUGCAUACUUCAGUUCUCGCGUCAAACUGCUGUUGGCAUUUGCAGCUUUCUGUGCAUGAUAAAUUCAAAUGAGGCACGUGUUAGUUAUUCCCUCAUUUGCCUGCGUAGGCGUCAGUAGACUCAAUUUUUCACAGAAUGGGAGGAUGUUAUGAGAACAAAGAUUUUAUCCUUUUUCUGAAUUUUCUUGCCAAUUUGAAAACUGACUUCCUCUACACCGGAACAUAAAGAUGUCUGCUUUUUCUUUCGAACAGGCAUUUGUUUGUGAUUUUACCAUCCUCAUGCCAGUGGCAUGUCUUCUUUGCCACUAUUAUUAUUUUUUGGCAGCUUCUGUCUUCUCUUUUAUCUUCAACUUAAUUGGGGCAUUUUUUGAUGCUCAAGAACAAAUUUACUUUCAAUGUUUUGUAAAUUACCAUCAGUUUGCUGGUGUAGCCAGUCACAUGUGAUGGCUGCUGUCUGGGUGAUUACAGAAGCUUUUAUUCUGUUCACUCAGCUUUUGUAAGUUUUCAGAUCACGUGGGAAGUUGGGUUUUCGCAGAAUUAGCAUACGGGAACCUGCAGUGCAAAGCUGUGCACUGUACUUGAACGUGGGUUUAAUGACAGGUACUGUGCUUUAAUUGCACCUACGCUGGUUUAGUUGGUGCGAUUUGUUGUGGUUGUAGCCUUUUUGAAAGCAACAUCUGUGUGCAAAAAAUCUUUUGUCUUGUCAUCACCCUUUUCCCAAGUGCUGAUAUCGCUUGAGUAACGUGAACAAACAUGUUUCCCAUAUCUUUGUAUCUUUCUUUUUUUUUCUUCCAAUCUUAAGGUUUUUUUUUUUUUUGUCAGCUGGGACUGUGCUUUUAUUGGCAUCUUUAUGACACUUUUCUGCCAUGUUGUCCAGCAUCAUACUUCAGCUGUUAUACUUGAGCUGCACUUGUUGUCAUCAUCCAGUGCGUGUAGGACAUCUUUAGGGUUUUGCACAUACCACUGCUGUUUUUUGUCGUUCGCAUCUUGUUGUUUUUUAUGUGUUUCGCUUUCUCAAGCCUUCAAGGGUUGUUUGAGAGUGUGUGUGGAAGCAGAAGACGACAGGGCACGCGUUUCUUGUUUUGUCUGAGUUGGUCGUUGAGUUGUUCUUUGUUGCUUGUGGUCUAGAACGUGGGCCGUUUCAUGUCGGCAGCUUGAGAGAGCGAGACCUUUACCGUGCCAUAGUGCAGAUGACUGCUGAGUUCAAAUAUACUUGUCAUUUAACAGAGCUGAGAAGAAGAAAACUACAGCCACAUGAAAGUCAGCCAUUGUGGCUCCUUUCCUCAUUUUUUUUUACUUCUUCUUAUUCUACUAAUUAGCUCGUCAAGGAGUUCACCAGAGUACACAUUCUGUAUACUAACAUUCUAUUGAUUUCACCCACUGCCCUUGCAACGUCAGAGUGUCUUUUUCCAUUACUGUCAUGUUGAAAAAUAUGGUAUCCUUAAGCUUGCUUACAUUUUUUUUUUCUUUAAUGUACAAUGGUCUCCAUGCAAUGAUUUUGUUGUUGCCAAACAGUGUCGUCGUACGAGUGCACUUACUUACACCCACUACACUUGGCCUUGGCUUGCGAGUGUGGGCCACAUUUUUGUUUCUCCCCCGUCAUUGCAUAGCACUAAAGGAGAAAGUAACAUAUCUGCUACUACUACCAGCCGGCUUUCCGCUGAAUGUCCCUCGAGCGUGAAGAGGAGCUGCCUGGACGGAGCGACAUGGGUUUCUUUUGUUGGUCUUCAAGGCGCUCUUGCUUGGCUGUUUGAUGUCUGUGGUCGUCGUCACCACCUUGAGUUGACUGUUUUGCGCAUAGUGAUGGCAUCUAAGUGUCGAUGGUUGCCAGUAUCUGGAGCCUAAUUGAGUCGCCGCUUGUAUAAAUGCACCAUUCCCACUCCCGCCGCCUAUCCGCUUUUCCUUCUCGCUUGUUGCCCGAGCUCUUCUAUUCCACAGUGUUUGCUAUUGUACGUAUCAUCCAGACGGAUUCACUUGCUGCUGGCCCCAGCAGAGUUGAAGCGUUUUGCAUCAGAAGUGCGCGUACUGCCUUGACUGCAGGCACGCGUUGCGCGGUCCGUGACGAGCCGCAGCUCAAAAGCAAUGAAAAACACAGUCAUCGCUUUUGCGCUUCGUUAACCAGGGGGUGCCUUCUGCAUUAUCAUUUCUCUAGGGCUGCAACAGCUGGCAUUGCAGAGCUCUGUAGACACAAGCAUUCCGAAGAAACGGCAGGUGGUCUGGUACUGUGUGACAUGCUCGCGCCAGUAAUGCCACCGAAAGUCAACACUGGGGCCAGCAGCUUGUUACGGAGAGCUCUCGUUUUUCAGUAAAAUUGUGCCACAAAAUAUUUUUUUUUAUAAUCUUCGUAUUCUUUUGUUGUAUUUCGGCAGUUGGUACAUGUAACUAUAGGAAAGAAAGAGACGGCGUUGCCUAUUGUGUAGUCUAUACAUUUCUGUCCCCCCCUUUUUCUUCCCUUGUGUUUGUGCUAAUUGUAUGCUCGAGAGUCAAAACUGAGACAUUCCAUGCAAAGGUGAAAAGGGCUGUUUUUCGUUUGUUUGGCAGGGAAAACCAUUUGAGUAUGCUAAGAUGUGAACCAUGGGGCUUUAGGCUCCCUUUAUUUUUUAGCGUACGGGAUGGACACACCAGCCCCUGAUUUCAAAGGGGGAAAAAAAAAAACAGAAGAAUGUGCCGUUUAAUUUCUUUUUUCUCCGAGAAUGAGUGUGUCUUCUGUCCUGUACAGCGUGUCAUUCGUGAUAUGUAUGUAUAAAUAUACAUAUAAUAUAAUAAUGCAAAUUGUAGCCUCGUGUAGGAAAAAUCCUCUUGAACUGACAAAUAUUCUGUACCAGCUGAUCACUUUGAUUGCAAUAAAUACCACAUGGUUGUCCCA